AUGAAGUCCGCCGUUAUCCUCCUGGCGUUUUGGGUGGGUUACUCCAGCUGCAGCAAGCACGUCGUCAACACCACUCUUCUUCGCCCUGCGGCUGGAAACGGCACAGCAACCACGGAGAACAACGGCGUCGCCCCAAAAGGCAGACUCGAUGAAACAGUACCCCCCUCCGACCCUUCAACAUCUGCUUUUGACACCGUCUCCGAAUUCAGGGAUUGGCGUCCGACGGAAGGAUGCACAGGUGUGUGGUGCGAGCGAAGGCAAAAGACGAAAAAGGUGAGCAAAGCGGAUAUUUGCAUUUCAGGACGGGACCGCACCACAAAGUCGGGCAAUCUCUGCGAGUUCUCGUGCAGAUACGGCUUCUGUUUAGAGUCUCUGUGUGAGUGCACCGCCAAGGGCUCGCCAAACGCCGUCCCAGGCGAGAGGGAGGUCCACGUCGUCGCCAAGGACGACGCAGACAGAGACUUGAAUCACCUCUGCCAGUUCAGCUGCAAGUAUGGCAAUUGCCCGACGGGCGUAUGCACCGUUCGCGCCCUACCCCAGCCUGACUACCCUGUCGACUAUGGGGAACGGAUCCGCAAGAAGUCUGCACGGAAGUGCUUCAUCUACAAGGAGUCCAAGCACUGGGAGGCCCAAAAACAGAGAUGCGAAAUGGUCUGCAGCAAAGAGCUUGAACAGGCCGAGAAAGAGGGCAGAACAUCCAGCGCAAUAUGUGUGGGCUUCUGGCCAGUUGACAAACCAAUUCCUUGGCAAGAAUUGAGAGAAGAACAGACGGUUGCCCCGGGGACUUGCUAUUGCGACAACAAACUGGUCAAUAAAAUAUCAGACAGUGUCUUUGAUGCUGGAGCGGCAAUUGUUCGUGUGGGUAAAGGAUUCUCUACAGGCCCUACGGCACUGAGUGGUAGGAGUAAAGCUUAG